UGCAAUGGUUUAUGCCGCUAGAGCUCGUGGCUGACGACUAAAUAAGCAGCAGCGCAGUAUUAAUUUGACGUUAAAAGUAAUUCCUCUUUCUCUUUCUCAAAAUAGAGAAGAGGAGUGUUUCUUCAAAUUUUCGUAUAGCCAUUAAACUGCUGUGAUCGAGCUGGUUCGAAAAAAUGCCGCGCGGUAAAUAUGUUAGUUACAAAGGCCGGAGUCGUCACUUCACUAACCCUGAGGAGCUGGAGGAGCAACGACGCCAGGAGGAAAAAAAGCUCCAAUGGAGAAAGAACAAAGGAAAGGACAGUUCUAGUGAAGAAGAAGAUGAACCUAAAGCACAUGGUGAUUCAGUAAAAAAUCAUAGUUCAUCGGGGACAGAUACUGACAGUGAAUCAGAAUCAGAAUCUGAAACUGAGGGAAAGACGAAAGGUGUAGAAAAUUUAAUUCAAGUUGAAAAUCCAAAUAGAGUACAAAAAAAAGCAAAAAAAUUAUCCCAAUUAAAUCAAUCUUUAGAUUCGGCAAAACCAGAUUUAUCUCGCAGAGAACGAGAACAACUAGAAAGACAGAGAGCAUAUGCAAACUAUCAAAAAUUACAUGCAGCAGGCAAAACGGAAGAAGCACGCGCGGAUUUAGCACGAUUAGCUAUAGUUAAACAGCAACGAGAAGAGGCGGCUAGAAAACGAGAAGCCGAAAAGAAACAAAAGGAGCUUGCCCUGCAGAAAAAAACGGAACUUAGGCAAAAAGCACUCGGCAAAAAAUCCUAGAACGUUUUAACUUGAGUCAAUUAAGAACUAUUUGAUGUCACAGCUACUAUUAACAAUAAUGAACAGUUAAAAAUCUACUUUCAUAUUGAUACUAAUUGAUUAAACGCAUUUAAAAUAUGCGUUUAAUGGAAAUGUCCUUGUUUAAUUAUAUAUAAAUAUAAUUAUUAAAAUAACUAAA